AUGAUUUACUGGCAUCAGAAUUGGGGUAGGCGAUACCAGGGUUUAGCUGCCGGCAAAGCUCGAGCAUGUAGUCCGGGCAUCAGCGUUGAUAGAGAAGUCCCAAUUACAGCGUGGCGAGUGAGCACCGCUCCGACGACGAGAACAGAUGUCAAGUGCACUCUUGUGAACUUUCACUUGAACUAUACAAGAAAUGAUAGCGUGAGCGAAAGUUUGCUGCUGACGGAGGGGUACGCAUAUGGGAAGAUGAUCUACAUCUCGAGCACUUGGGGAAUCGGGUUCACCACUCAGAGUUCCGGCCCCAAGCCGGAUCUCGUUGCGGCUACAGCCAACAAGACAUGCCCCGGCGAACACGGUAUAUUGAUUAAUGUGACCGACAAAACAAUCAAGGUCUCCCAGGACGUGGUGUGGUCUGACGGUGACUACACUAAUCGCACUUGCGCGGUGCUGGCGAAAUCCACCCCGACUUCCACGCUGCAACCUUGUCGAGUCCAUAUUGGCAACACCACUGUCGCAAGCAUGGAGGGCUCUCACUCAGCCAGAUUAUGCGGCGGUUUUAACCCACCGUCGGAUUGCCCGGUGCAUAAGAGGAGCUCCACGCAACCACUGGCUGUAGCUGGCAUAUCCUGCUUGCUCGCUACAGUUGGGGCGCUCGGAUUCUUUAUUGUGUGA